UCCAACCCAAAUCCUCUCUCGCCGCUCGCCGGAGCAAGUCGAGCAAGCAAGCAGCAAGGAGAUGGACGCCAGCAAGGGGAAGAAGUUCUCGGCGAAGAAGCUCGGCGGGCCGAGGAAGAAGUCGGUGACCCGCUCCGUCAAGGCCGGGCUCCAGUUCCCCGUCGGCCGCGUCGGGCGCUACCUCAAGCAGGGCCGCUACGCCAAGCGCGUCGGCACCGGCGCCCCCGUCUACCUCGCCGCCGUCCUCGAGUACCUCGCAGCGGAGGUUCUGGAGCUGGCAGGCAACGCGGCCAAGGACAACAAGAAGUCCCGGAUUGUCCCGAGGCACCUGCUGCUGGCCAUCCGCAACGACCAGGAGCUCGGAAGGCUGCUCGGCGGCGUCACCAUCGCCCACGGAGGUGUGCUCCCCAACAUCAACCCGGUGCUUCUCCCCAAGAAGUCCGUCGAGAAGGCCGAGAAGGCCGCUGCUAAGUCGCCCAAGAAGGCGGCCAAGUCCCCCAAGAAGGCUGCCAAGGCGUAGAUCUGGACUUUGUUGAUGACGA